ACAUCUGAGCGCCAGGACGACCCUCUGCCAAUUCUCGGGCCUCGAGCGCUUGUCCAUCACGACCCACGAGCUAUAGCUGCUACGCACCUGCGCCGACUCCUUCAUCCCCUCUUUUCUCGACAUUUGCAACUAUCAGCAUCAUGGCGUCAAAGGAGCAAACCCGGGCCACGUCUCCCUCCACUUUCUACCACGCACUUUUGCGCCCGACGGUCCUUCAGAUCCUGCGCGCUCAAGGCUAUUACAGCUGCUCUCCCACCGUCCUCGACACCAUCACCGAGCUCGCCGGCCGCUAUUUGACGAAACUGUCGCAAUCGACCGUCUUCUUUGCAGAGCAGAAUAACGAGAACCCCAACGAACCGACCCUCGUAGACGUACGCAUGGCGCUGGAGAGUUGUGGUGUGUUUGGGCCAGCCGCCGAUAGCGUGGCCGAGGAGUGGCGAAGAGAGGAAGACACCAAGGCCAUCGAGAGCUUUAUCCGCUGGGCUAAGGGCAAGAAGAAUGCCAAGAUCCGCAAGACCGCGAAUGCGCUGCAGCAAACUGGAUCGCUUGAAGCCGUGGAUGAGCCAAUGACUGACUACCUCGCUGCACUCAAGAAGAAGCACAACAAGACUGAUCAGGACUCCAAGUACGCCGGCACAGUUCUUGGCAAGGGGCUAGACUACGGCGAGAUCAUGGUCGAAGGCGGCGAGGCGGCGAGUAUCCAGGAAUGGGCCAAGAUGAUGCGGGAGCGACAACAGCGGCCUCCUGAGCCUGACUCCGACUCAAGACCUCCGAGUUCCGGCUUGAGCUCGCUGACGGAUGGCGAGAUUGACAUGAUGGACAUGUCAUAAACACCGCUGCGUUCGUAUGCGUACAAGGUGGAAAGGGCAUCGCAUGGUUUGAUGGUUGGCGAAGGCGUUUGGCGUUCUGAGAUAUCCGGCUUGGAUGCUUGUUGUCAUGGAUCGGUACACAUCUUACCGCUGUGCUUUUGGAAUUAUGGUAUGAAACGUGGCAAGUGUGGUGGCAGGCUGCUAAAAGGCC